AUGGCGAACGAAGUAGACUACGGCUUCGGCGGCCUUAUGGACGACCCGGAGGAUUACUAUCCGCCGACCCCGCCGCAUAAGGAGGAGAUGUUCACGAUGCAGAACGGCAAGCACAUCACACUUCGCCUCGUUGGUGCCAGCGUCACGGAAGCUCAUAUCGUCUGGAACGGCUCCAAGAUGGUGGCCGACUUCUUCGAGGACGAGCCUGCGCGCGUACGCGACCGCACCGUGCUCGAGCUCGGCGCCGCAGCCGGCUUGCCUAGUCUUGUUGCUGCGAUCUUGGGUGCCCGCAAGGUCGUCAUGACGGACUACCCGGACCCGGAUAUCGUUACCGUCAUGCAGAAGAACAUCGACAGUUGCGACGAGACGGUCGAGCCGCGGGGACGCAUCGCCGAGACCGUGGACGCCAUGGGUUUUGUCUGGGGAGCCGAUUCCGCACCGCUCCUCGCCCGACUGAACCCCGGACCGGCCCCGGAUGCGCCUGCGCCGGCGCAGGACACCCCCUCCAGCGAGCGCUUCGACGUUCUCGUCCUGGCAGACCUGCUUUUCCGGCACAGCGAGCACGGGGCCAUGGUCAAGACGAUCCGAGAGACGCUGCGCAAGACUCGCGACAGCGUCGCCUACGUCUUUUUCACCUCGUACCGGCCGUGGAAGAAGGAGCUCGACAUGGGCUUCUUCGAUAUCGCCCGCGAGCAGGGCUUCGAGGUCGAACAGGUCUCAGAGCGCCGCCUCGACAAGCCCCUCUUCGACAACGACCCGGGCGACCUCGACGUGCAGAAGACGGUUCGGGGCUUCGCCCGAUUACUGUGUGGUGGCUUCCGCUUCCCCACAUCACGAUGGGACGACUGCAUUCCUCGUCGGGCGCGUACAUUAGCCGCUGUGUCCCCGAGCAACACCAUCUUGUUGGUGACCCAGAACCAGGCGCACGCCAUGUCAGCCGAGAACCCGACCUCGCCAUAUCUGAGCCAGCUUGACCGGGAUGGCUUUGUUGUCAUCAAAGCCAUCGUCGACAGGGACAGGCUAGAGGAGCUGCGGGCGGCGAGUAGCAAGGCGACAGAGCUGGCGCGUGGGGGCGGGUGGCCACACGUCCGGACUGUGGGCAAGCAGUUCCCGCCGUGGACGGCGAGCGCAGCGAGGGAGCACGGCAUCUGGGGGGUGCAGCACCUAAUGAACCCGGAGCUUCCUGGCCACGAGGGCUUCACUGAGCUGUACUUCUCCGAGGCAAUCCUCGGCAUCGUCAAGCAGCUCUUGCAGUGCGGGGACGAGCACCUCGUCAUGGAGCUGUUCAACAUGCUUGUGCGGCCGGAGAAGGACUUUGAGUUGAGGUGGCAUCGCGACGAUAUCCCGGCCGAGGCUAUGCCGCAAGAGGAGAUAGAGCGGCUGGGGAAGCCGGCAUAUCACGCCCAGUACAACUUUGCCCUCUGGGAGGACGACUCACUCAUUGUCGUUCCGGGAUCACACAAGCGGGCGAGGACCGACACUGAGCGAAAUGCCGACCCGUUCGAGAAGAUGAUGCCGGACCAGCUCAUCGUCAAGUUGGAGCCUGGAGAUAUUGUCUUCUAUAACAACAAUAUCCUGCACCGUGGAGCAUACAGUGCUAACAAGGAACGCAUGACACUGCACGGGUCGGUGGGCCAUGUGAAGGGAAGCAGCCUCCGGGCGAGGAACGUUUUGCAACACGGGGUAGGCAGCUGGGUUGACAAAUGCGCCUUUGGGCAACUCAAGGGAGAGGAGAGGGAUAGGGCGGAGGAGAUGCGACGACGACUCGUUCAGCUGGGAAGCGAGAGCGGUCAAGUCGGCUAUUCCCUCCAGGGCUGA